AUGCCUAAGGGGAGGAGAGCACGUAAUAUGAGUCCCGUUCCAAGCAAAGAUCCUCUUCAACUUCAAGUUGUAUAUGGUGACGAUAUGGAUAUUGUCUUGAAUGAGCUUGAGCAUCUGAAGCUUCGUACAUUUAAGACUUACUGGUCAAAGAUACUUUUCUCGUUGAUCAAAUGUUCUCCCAAACUACGAGACUUGAAGUUCAGAGAAGUAUCUGUAGGUGAUGGUAUGGAUACAUUGGUUUGCUGGCAGCGACUGACUAGUGUUCCUCAAUGUUUGUUGUCGAGUCUCCAAACUUUCGAGUGGAGUGGUUCCCACGUAAGCGUAGAAGGGAGAGAUCUGGCGAUGUAUAUCCUGAGAAACUCUUGCCGGUUAAAGACUGCAAAAAUCUUGAUUGGUUCUGCAGUGAUGGAACGACAAAAGAAUCUUGAGAUGAUCAAUGAAUUGAUAGUUUGUUCCCGCGGUUCAACGAUAUGCAACCUCGUAUUCGGUUGA